AUGACAGACUCGGGGCUUCGAUUUAUCACAGUGGCUGGCGGAGAAAAGCCAGAUGCGGCGUCGCGCAAAAACAUCCGCAGCCAUGUCAUGGUGGGCAAGAACCGGGGAAAGAAGUUUCCUAAUCGGAAGCGAAAGUCCAAAGUACAAACUGCGGCUGAAGAUCCGCGCGAGCCCGCGGGGACCUUGUCACGAUCUAUCAUUGCGUCCUUGACCGCAGUUCCACCCAAGUUUGGAUCUGCCCUGUCGACGAUUCACUUUGCAAAUGAUGUGCAGCCUAGAGAGGUCGAGAUUGUUUUACGAUUCUGCUCCAUCCUGGGGAAAUCGAACUCCGAGUUACGGAGAUGUAUUGAAUGGGAGAGACGGCAGCAUAAUUGGCUGCCAACAUUAUCAUUCGAUCCGGCCCUCUUACACGCUUCGAUUUUCGUGUCAAGGCGGUAUUUUCAUACUGUGGCGCCUCGCAACUAUUCUACUAACAACCAGGCCGACUUGCCGCAUUUGCUGCAGGCUCUUCGCCUAUUGCGAGAGAACAUUGCCCAGAAGAGCGACGUCAUUCCCCUUACCACCGUAAUAACGGUCCUUUGUCUCGCUAUGGAUGCGAAUAUGAUGGGCGACAUGAAUACUGCCAUGAGUCAUAUGAAGGCUCUCCGCCAGCUGAUUGACAUGCACGGAGGAGUUGGAGCCAUGAGAGCUCACCGUACAAUUUGGGACGAAAUAACGUUGAACAAAUUGAUAAGAUGCGACAUUGCCAUCAUUCUGGGUGGUGGGUCGAGGAACACGUUCUACGACAGCAUAACGGCCAGUGAGCCUUUCACGCCGUACCCCUCCAGAGUCGAGGGACCCCUUGAGAUGGGCAGUCCCACGGGGACCGUCUCUGAAGCGAUCACGCUCAAGACCCCGGCCACAUUCCCUGGCAACAAGCCCGAUGAACUGGCUCGCGCGUGGCGAGCAAUCUCUGACUUGUGCAUGAUGAUGGAUUCUGCAUCCGUACAAAAGAAACCGAUCCCUUUUCAGAUUUUCCUCGACACCAUGGCGGCCGUAAUCUAUCGCCUGCUUGCCAUGGAUUUCGACCCUAACUCGGCAAGCGAAAUUCUGCGGAUCGGCCUUCUCAUCUUUUCAUACAACACUUAUAUUCAGUGGCAGGUUUUGGGGGUAUCAUAUUCCGCGGUGGCGGCCGAAUUCAAGGACUGCUUGAUCAACAUCGACUCACUGCAAUUGGAUUCAUCUCUUGCGCUCUGGCUCGUCAUGGUUGGAUCGACAAUGAUAUUCGACGAGACUGAUGACUGCUGGCUCAAGCCUUUGCUGCGCAGGUGGACAAAGCGCAUUUCGCUCAAUCAUGGAAUGAUUGGCAUGUAG